AUGAGCAUCGACAUAGCGGAGCUUCGCCGCCUGGAGGCUGAGCUGGAGAACUCAUGUGAAGAAUGCCAAAACCCAUACGAUCGAGACGCCAAGCUAAAUUUGCUCAAGUUUCUUCAAAUCAAGGCGGUACUGCAGUUCGAAAGAGCGUACGACCAGUUGUACUACGAGCUCAACAAGGAUGGAGGGCUUAAGUGUCUUCGCGAAAUCACUCCGGCGCGGCCGAAGGACCUCCUCCAGCCCAAGGUCUUGGAGCUACAGGACUGCCAUGAGGACGUUCGAUUUGCAGCACAGUUAGAUUUCUAUCUUGCGGACGCCAAGCUUGCAAAGAACCAUUUGGACGAGCUCGUCGCAGAUAUAACGAAAGGCACGGGGGGGUGCCAGGUUCAGUGCGCGGAGGUCAAGUCACGAGCAAGCACACAACGAAAGGCCAGAAAGUCAUAUGGUGCGGACGUUCGAAAGGUUGCUGACAUGGCGAGGGUAAGCGUGAUCUGUGACACACCGGAGACCUUUAAACGGGCGUACUUGGCUAUCGUGGAGUCGUUCCAGGGAGACGUUCUUCGGGUGGCAAACGGCUUCAACUCCGACUGGAUGCCUAGCGGUUAUCGGGACGUGAAAGUAAAUCCCGUCGUCAACGAGCACCUUUGCGAGAUUCAGCUGCACCUCCACGACUUCUUCACACUGAAAAGCGAUCAACAUGCCGUGUACGAGUGGGCGCGGGACCUCAAAGUGACCACGAUGUUGCGCGCUGAAAACCUGUUCGACUUUCUAUCCCGUGAUAUUACGGAGGAGAUGAUCCGCUUGGCUCAGCGGAACUGGCAUGGGACCGGGCGCUUCCUACCACGUCUGCAGCUCGAUGCUGGGCAGUACGACCAGGCCGAGAAGGGUUUUAGACAGGAACUUUCAGAGGCCGAAGACAACAAACGGGGUGUGGAGGAUAAGGACAACAAGGAAUCGAGAAAGAAGUCGCUCAGAUCGGCCAAGGCUAGCCUCGGCUGUGUCCUGGGUUUAAAGAGUCCCGGUCUGGAGCAUGGUAUCAGUAGAGGGCACCAUGGAGAGGGCAAAUACGAGGAGGCACGAGCAUUGCACCAACGUUCCCAUUCCAUCUUCGAGAAAGCUCUCGGACCUGACCACCCUGAUGUGGCCACGUCGCUGACCUCCCUGGCGGGCUUGUUGCAGAGCCAGGGGAAGUACGCUGAAGCUGAGCCACUCUAUGCGCGGUCUCAGGCGAUACAAGAGAGGGUUCUAGGCCGUGAGCACCCAGGCCUAAUCGUGUUUCUCCAUAACUGGGCAGCUUUCUUGGAGAUGCAGGGCAAGUAUGAGGAGGCCGAGCGGUUGUGCGAACGUUCCCUUGCCAUCAGCAAGAAAGCUCUCGGACCUGACCAUCCUCACGUGGCCUCAUCGCAACACACCCUGGCAGGCUUGUUAAUGAACCAAGGCAAAUAUGAGGAGACUGGACCGUUGCACGAACGUUCCCUUGCCAUCCGCGAGAAAGUUCUUGGACCUGAUCAUCCCAACGUAGCCGCAACGCUCAUCAACCUGGCGGAAUCGUUUCAGAGACAGGGCAAGCUUGAGGAGGCCAGGCCGUUGUUUGAGCGUUCUCUUCUCAUCCGCGAGAAGGCUCUUGGACCUGAUCACCCUGACGUGGCCACAUCGCUCAACAACCUGGCAUGCUUGCUAGAGGACCAGGACAAAUAUGAGGAGGCCGGACAGUUGCACGAACGUUCCCUUGCCAUCUGCGAGAAGGUUCUUGGACCUGAUCACCCCGACGUAGCCGCAUCGCUCAACAACCUGGCAUGCUUGUUAGAGAGCCAGGGCAAAUACGCUGAGGCUGAGCCUCUCUAUGCGCGGUGUCAGGCGAUACAAGAGAAGGUUCUAGGCCCUGAGCACGCAAGUCUGGCCACAACGCUCAACAACCGGGCAGGCUUGUUGCAGAGACAGGAAAAAUAUGAGAAGGCCGUGUCGUUGUACGAACGUUCCCUUGCCAUCGUGGAGAAAGCUCUUGGUCCUGAUCACCUCAGCGUAGGCACAUCUCUCAACAACUUGGCGGGCUUGUUGGAAAGCCAGGGAAAGCACGCUGAAGCUGAGCCGGUCUAUGCGCGGUGUCAGGCGAUAGAAGAGGGAGUUCUGGGCCCUGAGCACCCAAGCCUGGCCACAACGCUCAACGGCCGGGCCCAAUUGUUGACGACUCAGGACAAGUAUGCUGAGGCUGAGGCCCUCUAUACGCGGUGUCAGGCGAUAGUCGAGAAGACUCUAGGUCCUGAGCACCCAAGCCUGGCCACAACGCUCGACAACCUGGCAGUAGUGUUGUACAAGCAGUUCGGGCAGGCCAGGCCGUUGUUUGAACGUUCCCUUGCCAUCGUGGAAAAAGAUCGAGGAUCUGAUCACCUUGACGUGGCGACAUUGCUCGGCAGUUGGGCGGGCUUGUUGAAGGACCAGGGCAAGUUUGGGCAGGCCAGGCCGUUGUUUGAACGUUUCCUUGCCAUCGUGGAAAAAGAUGAAGGGUCUGAUCACCCUCGCGUGGCGUCAUUGCUCGGCAAUUGGGCGGGCUUGUUGAAUACCCAGGGCAAGUGUAAGGAAGCCGCGCCGCUGUUGGAACGCUCUCUUGCCAUCCGCGAAAACUCUCUUGGACCUGAACACCCUGACGUAGCCACAUCGCUCAAAAACCUGGCGGUCUUGUUGCAUAACCAGGGCAAUGGCGCAGAGGCUGAGCCGCUCUUUGCGCGGUGUCAGGCGAUAGAAGAGAAGACUCUAGGCCCUGAGCACUCAAGCCUGGCCUCAACUCUGAACAACCGGGCGUAUUUGUUACACAAGCAGGGCAGAACAGAGGAGGCCUGGCCAUUGUACGAACGUUCCCUUGCCAUCGUGGAGAAAGAUUUAGGUCCUGACCACCCUCGCGUAGCCACAUCGCUCAAGAACCUGGUGGACUUGUUGGAGAGUCAGGGCAAGUAUGAGGAAGCCGCGCCGCUGUUGGAACGCUCUCUUGCCAUUGCCGAGAAAGCUUUAGGAUCCUGACGAGGCAACAAUACUUUAACAAAUUUGGUCGCUUUGUCGCAGAAGCAGGAACGAGCCGUGGGUACCUUCCAGUAAAACUCUUGUGGUUCCCUAUCGAGUCAUACGGUUUGUUCCUGGUGAUCAUGGGUUGAACGUUAGGAGCUUGAAGCCGACACAGCUGUGCCUAGAUGACCGUUAGUCACCGACUCGUCAAGGUUGUCAUAAGGACAGGCCGCCUGCCGACUCUGUCCGCAGAUAGGUAUGCGAAGGACCAGGGGAGAGAAAGAGAUGCGAGUGACGUCCGAUAUUAGCAUGCGAAACACGUCGUCUAUGCAGUCUUAUCCUCGAUCACGAGGCAAUAUUAAGUAGAGUGUCGCACGUCAUGCGGUCGAGCCAGGGGUAACGCCAACACGAGGCCAGCUUAUCAUUGGUUCAAAAGGGGUGCAGUUCUUUUCGGGUACAUCGAUACUGCAAAAAUCAAUCCAGUUUGUCAUCUUGCUGCACACAAUACCAACUGUACACCCCGGUUUUCCUGGCAGCAAAAGCCUCAUCGUGUUUUUCCCUGUUUACCAAUCACCGUCUUUAGCCCCCCCCCCCGGUGCGUCAUGGUAUGCA